AUGGCUGAUUCACGGUCAAGCACCAUUUCGUACACAGAGGACUCCGAAUCCGAGUCUUAUGUUAACUUCAAGAAAUCACUAACAAGCAACGCAGCAACUCCAUUUGACGACAAGGAAGUUUUUGAAACGUAUGCGAUGGAAGGAUGGGGGAAUGAUUCGUCUGAAACAAACAUCGGUCUUUUUUUUGAUUUAGAGGACGAACCAAAUCUACCCGAUGAUAUUUCCCACGACACAAAACCAACGAAAGUCAAGAAAGAAGAGAAAGUCGAAAAAAUAGAAAAGAGUUUUAAAACACCACAACUCCAUUCUUUAUCAAAGACAAUGAAGUCUGACGAAGAAAUGAAAAGUUCGUCGAUUGAAGAAAUGAAUGAAGUCUCGCGCCUCAUGCAACGGAAACAAAUCGAAAACAAAAAGGAACAAAAAUUGGCGAAGUUGACUGGCCGGCAGAAUUCCCUCGAGAAGAUAUCGCCGUUUCUCGUUUCCGACAACGCCGACCAAGCGCGACAGAACGGGAAAAAUGUCAUAAAGAGUGAUUUAUUAAAACAGAAAAUGGGUGAACGGAUAUCGCCCGAUACAAUUGAUAAACGACUCAUGACAAACAAGAAGAAGGAACAAGACAAAAAGAAGAGUCGAAUAUCAAAGUUAUUUGGGAGAGACGAGUCGUUCAUUGCGUUAUCCAAUUUCUUAAUCCCACAGACGAGAUCAUUCUCAACUCCAACGAUCAUUCAUCGUGUUGAAAAAUUGAAGAAACUUGCGGGGGUAUAA